CGAGGGUAAAACCCUGCUCGGAAGUCUGAACCCUGCACACCCUAAAGCAUAGGCACCGCCUUGUAAGCAAGUUCCAAUUAAAUCCAACAUCCAAUUACCGAGUGAGCUUUCUUAUUUCUUCGAUUUGAGUUGAACUAUAUUUUCAUCCAGGGAGGACGUUUGUUGGGUCCCUGAGAUAUAAAGAAGUUAGAAAGAGAGAGAGAGAGAAUCAGAAGUUUCCAAUAAUUCUUAUAUGUGAAGAUGCAGGGUAUGAAGCAGAAAGUGGGUGAAUCCCUGAUUUUGGUUAAGAAGAACGGAUGGUGUUGUAUGCUUAAACCUUCAAAGGGGUCGUCUUCUUCGGUCGUUUUGUCUUCGGAGAAGUCACUAUCUGAUGUGGGUUUUAUUAGUUUCUCAUCCACAGCAACCGGAAAGAAUGCGGUUGACUUGGGAAUAGUUGAGUCGGUGAAAAAGGUGGUGUUAAAGUCAGGUCAUGUGAGUAAAACUAGUGUUGAUCCCAGCAGGCUGUCUAAGGAUGUGCUUGGGACAGGAAAUCCAAUUUCGUCCAGAGGAUGGUGGAAUAGAGAGUGUCCGGUUAGUUCAUGGACUCCUUACCAACUUGCGAAGUACCGUGGACAGCCUGAAGUACUUCCUUGCUUGGCUAGAUCCCUUGCGUCCAGUUCAGCUUCGCAGUCAUCAAGACAAACCAGAAAAGAGAACAGAAAGGACAUAUCUACAGUUGAUGAUCCUUUUGAUGCCCCCACAUACAAUAUUCCAGAGAAGCCAGUGUCUUUUGCAGAAGGUGCCUCAUACAGUGUUAUCAUACUUGCAGGGCUGGGUAUUGCAGCUGCUGCUGGAUAUGCUGUUUUCAAGGAACUUAUUUUUGAGCCUAAAGAGUACAAGAUUUUUGGAAAGGCUCUGGAAAGGGUUCAGAAUGACAGUCAGGUUAGAGUGAGGAUCGGAUCACCUGUUACAGGCUAUGGUCAGGAAAGUAGAAACCGCGCGGCUCGCCAACGGAUUCCCAAUAGAACUUGGACUGAUGAAGAUGGUAUUGAACAUGUUGAGGUUAACUUCUAUAUUCGUGGGCCCCAUGGAGCUGGCAAGGUUUAUACUGAGAUGUUCAAGGACAAGGCGGACAAACAGUGGAAGUUCACAUAUCUGAUUGUUGAGAUCAAAUCACCUUCACCAGCACAGUUGAUGCUGGAGUCAUAUGUCCCAGCUUAGGACAUUGAGAUCAAAUACAAUCCAUACAUCUGUUCAUGCUCAUACCACAUGCCAUUUUUCUAAUCUAAUCUGUAUUCUGAUUUAUAUGGAAUUGGUUGAGUUAUGGUUUUAAUGAGGCCUGGCAUUUGGCAGUCGAGCAUUUAGAAUAAUUGUUUUAGUCACUUCUUGUAUUUCGAUUUUUUCUUUUUCUUUUUGAUUUAUACGGGGAUGACUGUUUUUUUGGCUUCUGAGGCACCAAUGGCUUCUCCUUCUUUCGCUAGCAUUUAACAGAUCAACCGAUUUGCUGUGCGCAACCAGUCAUUCAUAGCCCCUUGCUGGGCUUUACAACUUAAGGGAAUAUAAGCAUUCUGUGGCCUCACCAAAGGUACUUUGGUUCAGGAGGGUCUGACUUUUUAUGUCAUUCAAAGGAUGCCUUUAGCCAGAACUUUUUGGACUGAAAAUCCACAUUUAGAAUCAAUGGAUUAUCUAUGUUAGUAGUUGAACCAAA